CUCAGUGCUCCUCCGUCUCUUGCCUCUCUCUCUUCAAUGCGUUCUCUUCUUCAUCGUUGGAUUAAUUCUUCCUCCAUUGAUUUCAUUCAUUUAUUUUUUAUUCUUUUUCUUUCUUCGAGUUUUCUUUAAAGAAGCUUUAAAUAAUCUCUCGGUCUUCUUGAGUUACUUUUACAUCUCUAAUAAAUAGACGCUGUCGAGUAACUGCUCUGGUGGUCCAGCCCCCCCCCCCCCCCCCCCCCCGUCGGUCCUGGUCUGGUUCUUGAGGGUCCCGCUGAGGCCUCAGGGGGUCCAUGCAGCGCUACCGGCACUACGGCACCUCCCCGCCCCCCCCGCCUCCCGUAGAGGAGAUCCAUGCGGAGGAGCAGCAGCAGGAGGAGGAAGAGGUGUACACUGAGGAGGAGGUAUAUGAGGAGGAGGCGGAGCCGCUGAUUAGGGAGGAGGCGGAGCCUGUGGUCCAGGUGACAGGAGUUAAAGAGGAGGAGGUAGAGGAGGAGCAGGAGGAGGUGCAGCACGCCCAGAAGACAGAGGGGAAGACGACGGCAGAAGGCAAGGCCGGGAAGAGGACGGAGAGAGAAGGAGGAGCAGGAGGAGCAGGAGGAGAUGCACCUGGAGGAGGAGGAGAUGCACCUGGAGGAGGAGCCAAGUACUCCAUGCUCACCUGGUUCGUGGUCCUGGCUCUGCUGGGGGUCUGGAGCUCCGUGGCCGUGGUCUACUUCGACAUCGUGGACUACGACAGCGUCCUGGCCAGAGCGAAGGAGUUCCAUAUGAACUUUACUGAAGUUUUACAAGGUAAACUGACGGCCUACGACGCCGAUGGAGACGGAGACUUUGACGUGGAAGACGCUAAAGUUCUGCUCGGACUGAAGGCUGCAGGGAGGAGUCCAGAUUCACCUGAGAGGACAGUCUUAAAAACCAAAGAGACCAGCGAGCGUCCGGCUGCAACGACCAAUCGGCACGCUGCAGAGCCGCAGGGGGCGGAGCCAACGCGGGCCACGUCAUCCGAAACCAGGGAGACAGAGAACGACGAUGACGAUGAUGAAGAAGCUGCUGUCCCUCUCCCUUCAUUGGUGGAAGAGGACUUUGUUCCAGAUGACUCUGGGAGCAACCGCCAGGCGCCUGAAGAUGGAGUUGAGCCCGUGGACACGACCGGAGUUCUGGUGGAGGAGCGCCCCCCGGAGGAGAGUCAAGCCUCUGGAGCUCAGCUGACCAGCUCCAGGCGGACUCAGGAAGCAGAGGACCGGGCUGAAUCAGCAGAACCACAGAGCGGCGCCCGGAAGGAGGCUGAGGGAACAGGGAAACAGGCCGAGGAGAAGAUCAAAGAAAAAGCAAAGAAGAAGAAGAAGCCGCUGAAGAUGCUGAAUGAAUUAGAUAAAACUAUUAAAGCAGAAAUUGAUGCAGCGGAAAAGCUCAGAAAGAAGGGGAAGCUGAAGGAGGCGCUGAGAGCGUUUGAGGCUCUAGUGCAGCAGAACCCACAGAGCCCACGGGCCCUCUACGGGAAGGCCCAGGCGGAGGACGACCUGGCUGAGAAGCAGCGCAGCAACGAGCUGCUGCUGACGGCCAUCAGCAGCUACAGAGACGCAGCGGAGCUCCCCGACGUGACCUCUGACCUCCUGAGGGCGGCGCUCAAGAGACGGGCCGAGAGGCAGCAGUUCCUGGGGCGUAUCCGAGGCUCCUUGAUGACGUUGGAGAAGUUGGUUCAGGUGUUUCCAGAAGACGUCGGUCUGAAGAACGAAGUGGGCGUCGCCCACCUGUUGCUAGGAGACAACAAGGGCGCCAAGAAGGUCUUCGAGGAGGUUCUGGUGGUUGCCCCUAGUAACGGCUUCGCUAAAGUUCACUACGGUUUCGUCCUGAAGUCGGAGAACAAGAUCGAAGAAAGUGUUCCUUACCUGAAGGAGGGUCUGGAGUCGGGGGCGGAGUACCACCGGGCGGCGGGCUUCGCUUCCCACCUGGGAGAGACGUGGGCAGCGAGUGGGAGGACAUGUGCCUACCACUGGUACGAGCUGGGUCACCAGCGGCCUCACGGAAGCUGUCACCAGCGAGGUCACUUUGCGUCCGUGUGGCAGAGGUCUCUGUACAACGUGGACGGACUGAAGGCCCAGCCCUGGUGGACCCCCCAAGAGACCGGCUACACAGACCUGGUCCGGGCUCUGGAGAGGAACUGGAAGCUGAUCCGCGAGGAGGCGCUGAGCCUCCUGGACCAGGAGACGAGCUCCUUCCUCCCUGAGGAGGAGAACCUGAGGGAGAGGGGGGAGUGGGGCCAGUACACCCUCUGGCAGCAAGUGGGCGGACCCUCCGCGGAGGCCCCGCCCACCGGGGCCUCGCCGCCGCUCCGCGGAGCCCAGGCGGCCCGCUUCUCCGGUGCGUCCCCGGCUUGGGGUUCCCUCCGGCCGGCUCGAGGACAGCUGUCGCGCUUGUGCCCCAGUCCCCACACCUAA